AUUGCUGACUUAAGCAUCGGAGUGUCUACUCCGAGUUCCACCUCGAGGCUUUGCAGGUCAAUCCGGAGUGUGGAUGCAGACUGAAGAAGGAGUUCUGGUUUGGUGCAAUUACAACUUCCCUUUCCAGUGGAAGAGGAACUCGAGCAUUGGCGGCGUGCAGCAGCAAAUUGCCCAUCAAACCCACCAUGAUGAUACUAAAACAACCAAUUUGGACCCAAUUCUUAAUCAAACCAGUGCAGAUGAAUUUCGUCCGAACUUAGACCUGACUCUGGCACCACCUGUGGUGGCUUGUGAAGGAAAUCAGGCGCCUACAAUGGGGUUGUUUGGAACUGAGGCAGAAAACUUCAAUCCAAGGAUUGUUUUGAAUUUAGGAAAAGGCCUCAGAUUCUUCGGCCAAAAAACAGAGGUUGGUCUCUUCCCCUCGAUGCUGAAAACCCAUCCUUCUGGUCAGCCCUGCAGCAGAUCGGUAGAUAGCGCUUUCUAUGGUGGUGCCCUCCCUUGCUCUAACUCGCAUCCUGUAAGUCAAGAUUUUAACAACUAUUUAUGUUAAUAUUGUUGCUUACUUUUUAUAUACUUUGCAAUUGAACAAAUGGAUGCCUAAUUC